CAACAACAACAAAUUUUCCUUGGAAUUCCUGAUUUCCUAUCUGAAUAACAGAUGAAAAGUAAAUAACAAAUCACCCCGUCCCUGAAAUCAAAAACCUGUUUGUCUUAUUUUUUUAUACAAGUUUUAUUAAAAAAGAAAAGAAAAUGUAUUGAGUACAUGCAAAUCAAAAGUUUUAUAUUGUGAUGUACGGUGAUGAUUUUUUUUAAAGAGUAUUCCAGUUUGAAAACCAGCUGGUUACUGGAGAUGUCAGACUGAUAAUGUGUACUUUUCCCCUCCUUACAUGAUGCCUGCAUUCUUAUAUUAGGAAUGAAGACUGUGGUACUCUUUUGCAACUUUAUAACAUCUCUGAACUGUCCCUUUUCCAGUUUUAAAACAGGAUCCAUUCAUAUAUAUAUUCCAUGGCAAGCAUGAUGUUGAAAAUUUCAAAUUUUUAAACUGAGAAACAACCUGCCACUUUGGUGCAGUCCUUUUCUUCGUUCUCAUCCUACAGUAGAUUUCUUUAAAUUUCUAUGGGGAAAAAAAUUCUGUGGAAAGGAACAUUAGCCAAGCCACAUUAUUUUACAGUAUUAAGUCUUGCCUUUGAAGUACAGCUGAUUAUAGCAUAACAUACAGACUCAUAAUUAUACUUCAUUUUUAUAAAGUACAACAUGUAUUGCCUUUUUUUAAAAAAAAAACAAAAACUUGAAUUAAAAAGGUUGGCCAAGCUUUCAACAGAAUAUAUUUGACUGGUCCCUCUUUUCAUUCUGUGCCACUCUUAGAUACUGAAAGCUAAUUUAUUGCUUAUAUUAAAAGAUGAUGUUGCAACCAUGUGGAAAUACUGUUUGAAAGGUAUUGCUCAUACUGCAGGUGCCAAUUUCUUGCUCCAGAAGUGUUGGAUCCAAAUAGUAAUCCAAGCUGGAGCGUGAAGCUGAGUUUUUGGCAUGUCCUCAGGUAUUACUAGUGGUGGCUGCCAACGUCAGGCCAAACAACCCAUCCAGCUAAAUCUUGUGGCAUGGGGUUCCCUUACAGUCCCUUUUCAGACUUCAGCUGGGGGAAUAUACAUGUCCUCUGCAAAAAAAGCUUUCUGUCCAUGUAAGAAGGGCAUCAAGUCCUGCUUUUUUUGCUGGCUUUCUGCUUGCAAUGAAGUAUCAUUUUUAAUGACAGGCGAGUCAGUAAAACUUGUGAUCUUCCACCUGUAGCCAGAAAUGAAAUUUGAGUGAUUUCAUUGAAAAAAUGCUGCUGCUUCACAUGCAUUUAUUUACAGUUGUCAUUAUAAUGGCCUAAUUUCAACAUUCUGUUAGUGGGUGACUGCUUGCAUAGUGGGACCCUCAUUCCCCUGCAACAGGCCCUCAGUGCUACCUGAAAAUCUGCUCAGGGAGGUUUCCUGACCUCAGUUUGCAGAUGGAAGUAGUUCUGUCAUCAGAAGGAUCCUGUUGGAUCCUAUCCAACAUACUCAACGUGGACUCUCAGUCCAGAGUAACACGGAUUCUAUAAACUUGUUCUCGAUUACUACAUUUCAUUUGGUGCCUGAGCAGUGAAUGCAGAUAGCACUCAUUGUACAAUUAUUACUUUAUCAUUAACUGUGAAAAAUGUAUUUAUGAAUUAAGGAGCUCACCUCCUGUGCCUAUAUAGAAAAAGCAAAAAACCCAGAGCAUUUACCAGCAGCCCCAUAAGAUCAAUUUGGGGAAAAAAUAAAUAAAGAUCAACUGACAUAUAUAGGAAGCUAAAUCUGAUGUUAAUCCAGUAUUGAGUAAAUCUGUUGAAACUGAUCAGACUGAAGUUAGUUGUGACUAACAAGUUCCAUUCAUUUCAAGGAAUCUGUUAUGUAGAUAUGACUCACACUGGCAUGAUGUUAACAAGACAUGGUGUCUGACACAUAGAAAUUGGCUUUGCUGCUCUGGCAAGAACUGAUCACAUACUGAAAUAUGCAUAGAGGAUCAAGGAUGAUUGCCAGUGCGCAUGGAACUACCAGUCAUCAAACAAUGAUGGGAAAGUUUUAUUUUAUAUUGUUGAAAUUUUGCAUGUAUGGACAACAAACAUCAGACUUCUCAUUUUAAAAAAAAUCAUAGUGUAAAUUGAAAUUGGUUUAACUUUGGUUGUCAUUUUGCUAGUUGGUUUAUUUCUGUGGGAUUUGGGAAAAGAAGAGUAAUAUAAAACACUCAUCAUUAAGCCAAGUGGUCAGUGUAAAUGUGCACACAUGAAAUAUCGUUACGGUAUUUUACCGGGUUGCAUGUGUACAAAGGGGUCAAUGCAAGUGUAUAUGUAUUGCCCUGUUAAAAUAAAUAAAUAUCUAUUAAGAGAAAUAAAAUGCCUCUAGGUAUUUAUUUCUUUGUUGUUUAAAAAAAAGGGGGGAAAGAAAGUUUUUACCGUAAUGAUAACAAUCCAGUUUUGGAUUAGGUUCUGGCUGUUCAACUGUUUUGGUUUGUUAAUCAUUACAGGGACCAAAUGACUCCGUUGUUACAACAGCUUCACUGGCUGCUGGUCUGAUUGUGGGCACAAUUCAAGGUACUGGAUAUGAUCAGUAGCUAUAUAGCUUUGGUUUAUGUACCUGAAUCUUUCCAUAAAACACUUUUGAGAUCUGGGGUGGCACUUGUCUUUGUCCCAUCACCUUCACAGGCCCAUUUGGUGGGAAUGUGGGAAAGGGCUUUCUCCAGGGCUGCUCCUAGUUCUGGCACUUUCUUCCUAGGGGGCUUUGGUUGGCUCACUCUUUGCUGUCCUUUCACCAUCAAGCAAAGAUUUUUCUGUUCCAGCUAGAGUUUGAUAGCUGACUUGUUUAUAUAAUGGAUUUUGUUUUAGUGAUGUCCUAUUUUUAAUCUGCAUUUCUAAAUUAAUGCUUUAUAUGGUUUGUUUGUUUAUUUGCUUAUUUAUUUAUUUAGAGGAUUUAUACCUUGACCUUCAGCAAAAAGGUGUCGCAAGAUAGCUUACAAAUUGUGAAUUUGAUAGUUUUUGCCCUCAGGCUUACAAUUUAAUUAAGAUGUGAAAUGUAAGCAGAGAAGGAUAAAGACCUUGCAAAAUUACAAGUCCCAGGAUUCCACAGGAUGUCACUAUAACACAGUGGUGUCAAACUGCCUUAUUUCUUCAGUAUAGAGGCACUCUCAAUCUUUUUCAUCUGAGUUUCUACUUUGUGAUAGUGGAAUGGCUGAGAGCAUGUACCCUCUGAUGGUUUUGCUUUAUGAGGUAAGUGCACAUCUUCAGGCCCAGUGUGGUCCAUGUGGUUCUCCGUUCAGGUUCUCUUUCAAUAUAAUGUUCAUCCCAGUCAUGGUGCAAUGGACAAGGACUUUAAACCUCCUUGCCUAUUGUGCCAUGAUUGAGAUUAAAAUUAGGCCCAGUCUCUACUCUUUAGCUACUCCUUACUGGUCAGCUGAAGAGCAGAGAGGACCUUAUUUCCCUUCCGAUUCCAGUGCUGUAGCUAUAAAUGUGUAGAAUUAUAAGCAUAGUUAAAACUAUUACAACUUAAAAAUGUCAUAGAGCACUGGAAAUCGAGUGAUACAUUUCCUUUUGGCUCCUAUAGUCAACCUUACAUGGACAAUGUUAUGGAUGAUAUUAUGAAUACUAGUUACUUUCUAAUUAGUAUUAGGGUAGUAGAGUCAUCUUUGGACUACAACUCUGAAGACCAGGGGUUCAGUUCCCUGCUUGGCCAUGAAACCCACUGGGUGGACCUGGGCAAGUCAUAUACUCUUGGUCUCUCAGGAAGAUAAUGGAAAACAAAUCUUGCCAAGAAAAACCCAUAUAGGUUUGCCUUGGGAUCACUGUAAAUUGGAAAUGAUUUAAAGGUCACAACAACAAAGUGGAGUCGUCAUCAAAAUUUUGACUUAAAAAAAAGUGACUUAAUACCAAAAGUCAAUUGAAUUCAGCAUAUGCCUGACAAGCUCUUCUAAGAUAAUGUUUCUCACUCUCUUGCUGACUAGGCAUGUUUAUUUGGACAUUAAGUCCUGCUGGAUUUCUAGGGCUUACAUCUAAAAUAAAUGUGCACAGAAUUUCCAUCACGAAGAUACUCCUUAAAACUUUCAGCAGAAUUUACAAUAGAAAAAAAAUGAGAUAAAUUUGACAUUCUUUGAUAAAGGAAGAGGACAUAUGGCAAAAUUUUAUAAGACUCUUAAAAAGAGAGAUGUGGAAAAUGAAAGUAUUAAACAUACUAUGAUAAAAUGGAUGCAAGAUAUCAGGAAACCUAUAGAUUUGGAAAGUCGGGAAAAAACAUGGAAAAUCACCAAUAAUUUUACAUUGUGUCAAGGCUACAAGGAAAACAUUAAAACGAUGCAUCAGUGGUAUAUGUCUCCUAAACUGAAUGCAAUAUAUAAAAUAGGCAACACUGAUUGUUGGAAAUGCCACAAACCAGAAGGGUUUCCAUAAAUGGUAGAAGUGCCCAGAAGCCGAAAAGUAUUGGAGGAAAAUACACAGAUUAAUGAUAGAAAUAUAACAAAUUAAUAUUCCAUUUGAUCCUUAAUCUUUUUGCUAAACAUGACAUGUAAGAUAAACAAUAAGAUGGAAAAAAGCUGUCUCAUAUUAUAUAUGGUGACCACCACAAGGAUCUUAUUUGCAAAGUAUUGGAAAAAGAAACAAACUCUGUCUGAAGAGGAAUGGAUAAAUAAACUGACAGAAGCUUUGGAUUUGGACAUUCUAACAGCGUUUAUGAGAGAAACAUCUAGGAAAAAUACAGAAGAUGAUUGGAGCUGUUCUAAAUUAUAUGGAAAUAAGAGAGGUUGAACCUUGUUUAAAUAGAUAAAUGAUAUAUACUUGAGAUACAUAUCUGAUUAUUUGAUUAUUACUUAGUUUUUUUUAAAGUAGUGCUUUACUCUUUGUGUUUUCUUCUCCCAUGCCUUCCUCCUCUUAUAUCUGUAUAGAUAAAUAGUCUGUCUGUCUGUCUUUCUUGUCUAUCUAUCCAUUUAUUUUUUCUUAUUUCUCUCUCCUUGCAAGAAGAUGAACUAGGGAAAAUAUGAAAUAAUAUACUCAGGAAUUGUUAAUAUUAAAUAUAAAUGUUCAUAAUGUAUAGAGACUAAAUAAGGAAUAUGUAGAUUGUGUGAGAAAAUCUAGGAUCCUUUACAGACAAAGUGACUAUUUGAUCUGGAAGAAGUAGGAUAGAAUGAAGUAAAAAUUUCUAUUCAAUUGUUUUUAUGUUUAUGUAAGUACUUGUUUGUCCCUCUAUUUAUAUGUGUAUGUAAGUACAUGUGUGUAUGUUUUGUGUAGUAUUAAUAAAAAUUAUUUUAAAAAAACUCUUGGUGACUUUAAACUUUCUGGUUUGGACAAAGCAUAUGCCUGUCAGGCAAAGAUUCCUCAUGAAAUUUAUAUUAUGUUGUCUCAACAGGUAACUGCUGCUUUCAGAACCUAUUCCUUUCACCAUCACCACCCCUGCUAUAACUUCGAAGAAAAACACAGUAAGUUUGCCAAUGCCAGUGUUAACAGUAAAGGGAGUUUAAAGUGCGUGAACACAAAAGAAGUCUUGAUACUUUAAAAAUGAGCAUGACCAAGCCAGUUGAACUAGUUUCUAUGCUGGAACAGGGCACACCCAGAGCUCCCUUGCCUAUAAUCAGGAAGCUGCCUGUGACCAUUUUGCAUAGUGUGGCUUUGCUUCUGGCAAGAGUUUUUCCCCUUCUUUCUCUAAUGCUGUGAGGAAAUAAAAGCAUUGCAUGCUUUUAAGCUGAUUAAAAGACUUUGAGCUGAAGAAAUUUUGCAUGCAAACCCAAGCACUGAAAAGAAGAUGGGCCAAAAGGUGUCACAGGAAACAAACCAAGAGAACAAGGCUGACAUCCUGGUUAUAUGUGAUGUUUUUAGCCAAGGAGUGGUUUAUGCAUCACAGAAGCUGAAAGAAUAUCUUGGAUUUGAAGACCCACAAAGCAAAUUCCACCCAUCUACUGAUACCCUAAAUGAGAUUUUUCUGGUGAAUUUCAUUAGUUUCUGUGUUGAGAAAGGGGUAGAAGAACGUAUCACAACCAGCAAGAUGACCAAGCAGCAGUCCUUGCUUUUUGGAGUCAACUGGGUUUGGACUCUGUCAGGAGCCGACAAGCAGGUCAGGCUACAGAUUGCUGUGCAGUCUCUGCAGAUGGCUGAUCUUCCCAACGGCUGCGUCGAAGUCAUAGGCCGUGACAGAGAGGCCAUGUUAGCUGAUGAGCUUUUCCGAAAUAAGACCCAGUUUGAAAAACUGGAAGAAUUCUGCACACUGGUGGGCCGUGACUGCCUUGGCUUGUUCAUCAUAUUUGGAGUUCCCGGAAAGCCCAAAGACAUCCGAGGAGUUCUUCUAGAGAGCAUCAAAAAGGAGAAACGGAAAAGCCUUUUGUCUGGGGAGGACAUGCUAAGAGAAUUUGUUUUGACCACUGAUAGUUUCCUCCCUACUAGAGAGUUGUUGGAACAUUGCCUCGCUAAGAAAAAUGGGUUGAAGGAAGUAGGUAAAGUUUACAUUAAUUUCCUCUAGCCUUCUGAAGAUCCCAAUCUCAGUGGUUGUUAGUAUAUUGCUCACAAGCCUUGGUGCUCCAGCAACUUUUCUCUGUUCCCUACUUAUAAAAAUCCGCCUAAGAUCUUUCUUUUUUUUGCCAGUAUGGUUCAUUGUGAAGGAAUCCAAUGCUAUGUGUCUCCACUCAGACAUUCAACCGAACAGAUUUUCCAGUUAGUAAAGUUCCACUAAAAAUAGUUUUAAGGGAAUUCUGUUUUUGAGUAUCUGCUCACCAGACUGCUAAAAUAUUGAAUACUGAGCUCACUCCGCUUUGGAAGUAAAGCAAGGACCCUUGAACUGUAAGUUGUACAUCAUGUAUUAUGCAAUCACUUAUGAAUGAAAUGUGCCACAGGCUUUAUAAUGAGCUGUAAAAUCUGUAGUCAUUUAAUGGACACUCCAGAUGUAAAGGGACUGUUAUAUCUUCUUUCAGGAUUGGCAUACUGAGAGAACUUAGCAGAUUUCUCUAAAAACACUGGGAUUUAAGGGUUUCCCUCUGCAAUUUUUGCUCUGCAUCUAAUAGUUGUGUAUUUAAAGUUUCUUUUUAAAAAUCUCUGACUUAUGCUAUUACAUACACAUUACACAUUACAUCACACACACAAACCAACACAACCCCUAGUCUCUGCCCGACAAAUACAAACUAUAAACUUCCAGCACUCUUAAAGACAUGAGUAUCAGUCAUAUUCUUCUGCAAUAUUACUACUUAAAUAAACACGUUCCUACCUAAGAAGUAAAAAAAAUCACAAUCAACAUUCACGUCUUUACUUCUCUCUUUAUAAAAUAUCCAAACUUUAGGAUAUUAUCAAAUUUAUUCAUCUGCUUUGAAUAACUUAUUCAUCCAUUUAUUCAUUUCUGCCAUCUCAGGAACUUGCAUUACCAUGUUCUCUUUUGUUGGCAUUUCCAUACUCUUCCACUUACUAGCAUAAAGCAGCCCUGCUGCCAUGAUCAUGUAAUGUACCACCUUAUAAUUUAGAUCUCUGAUUGAUUGCCUGGCAUUCCUAAUAACAGUUGGCCCUCAGAAUCUGCAGAAUUACCAUCCAUGAAUUCAAGCAUCUGCGGCUGGCAAGCCCGUGUUGUUUCCAAUGGCAGUGCCUAUAUGUGGCCACACUGCCAUUAGGGACAGCUCAUGUUGCCCCCAAUAGCGGUGCAUGCACAGUGACAUGCCACAAUUAGGAUUUAGUCUUGUCCAUAAUGGCAGUGCAGCCGUGUAUAUACUAUUGGGUACAAUGGGGGCUGCCCCUAAUGGCGAUGUGGCCACGUGCACAUGCCACUAUUGAAGUGACAUUGCCCCAAAUGGUCAUACAGAUGCAUGCACAUCACUGGGGACAAUGGGGGCUGUCCCUAAUGGUAGUGCAGCCAUGUGCAUGCACUACCAUUAAAACCCCAUUGUCCUGAAUGGCAGUGCAGUCAUGUGCAUGUGUUGUCAUUGAGGACAACAGAACUCGAGCAUCCACAGAUUUUGGUACAGAAUGGAUCCCCCAUGGAUACCAAGGGCUGACUGUAAGAACAAUUCUGGUUUCAAAUAUAUUUCAAUUCUAAACAUGUCUUGCAUUAAGUGCUUCAUUUCCUGGCUUUAUCACACAGCCACCACAUGUGGUAAAACGAUCCAGUCUGCUUUUCAUACAUCCAACAUAGCUUCUUAGUCCUCUUAAAUAUUUUAGAUUUUUUUUACUGGAGUCUGGUAUGACCUACACAUCAUUUUUAAAAAAAAUAUUUCAAAUCAUAUGCCAUUAAAUUCUAUCUUCCACAUUUUCCCAUUUCUCCAGAACAAUAUUAUAGCCAAAAUUUUGAACCCAUUUAAUCAUAUAAUCUGUUCUUCUGCAAGCUCAAUUUGAAAUAACAAUUUAACAUAUUUUUUUCCAAUCAGAUGCUCAUCAUAUAUGCAUAGAUUAAUUUCAAAUUAAUUGUUUUCCUAAUUCCAUACCAUGUAGCUUUUUAUCUAAAUUACAUCUUUUCUAUAAUUGUCUAUGCCCGGUACUAUUGAACCUGUUUGGUUACCUCAUCCUGUGUCUUAAAUCUGAAUUCACCAUUCUCCAACUGUAAAAGAUCAUAAUACGUCAACCAUUCCUCUGUUGUUCCUUUAUCAAUCCUAUAAAAGGCUUCUGGAAUAGAAAUCCACUAUGGAGUUUUAGGGCAUACUCUGGGUUAGUACUUGUUCCAAAUUAUCAGCAUUGUUCAUAAAAUAAACGUUUUUUGAUAUGGUUAUAUGCUUGUCCAAGAGGCAAAAUUGUUUCCUUUGUCAGAAAAGCUGGUAUUUUCCACUUAUUUGUUGGGGGUAUACAGCCAGCCCUCCUUUCUCAUGGACUUGAGAUCUGUGGUCUUGAAUAUUUACUGGGGCGGCCUCCGUUAUUUUCAGUGGGGUGUGCCCCUGUGGCACGGGCCCUGCGUCCUCUCAUGAGCAUGUGCCCCAUUCAAGCCUAUGGGGCUUGAAUAUCUGUGAGUCUGUGUUUGUGUGUG